CAGAAGAGAUCAGAAGCAAAGGACAGCUGCGUGUCUGUGAGGAGUGAUUGGUCUAUGGAUCAUCCAGUUGAUCUCAGUUAUAGUUCAGUUCAUCAGAAGAGAUCAGAAGCCCAGUCCAGCUGUGUGUCUAUGAGGAGUGAUGCAUCUGUGAAUCAGUCAUUAGAUUAUAAGAGUGAAGACACAAAGACUGAUCUCAGACAUGAAGUCCUCAACAGGUUUAGAUCAAAUCUGUUGAAGAAGUUUGAGCAUCUGUAUGAGGGAACAGCGACACAGAGAAACCCAACACUCCUGAAUGAGAUCUACACAGAGCUCUACAUCACAGAGAGUGAGAGUGGAGAGAUCAGUAAUGAGCAUGAGGUGAGACAGAUUGAGACACAAUCCAGGAGAGCAGCAACAGAGGACACAGCCAUCAAAUGCACUGACAUCUUUAGACCUUUACCUGGACAAGACAAAGCCAUCAGAACUGUGCUGACAAAGGGAGUUGCUGGCAUUGGAAAAACAGUUUCUGUGCAGAAGUUCAUCCUGGACUGGGCUGAAGGGAAAGAGAAUCAGGACGUCCAGCUCAUAUUUCCACUUCCUUUCAGAGAAAUCAAUCUGAUGAAGGACAAAACACUCAGUCUUUCAGAUCUUCUUCAUGUGUUUUUCCCUGAAACUAAAGAAAUGGAAAUAUCCAGUGAUGAAUAUAAAGUGUUGUUCAUCUUUGAUGGUCUGGAUGAGUGUCGUCUGUCUCUGGACUUUAAGAGUAAAGUGAAACUGUGUAAUAUAUCUGAAUCAGCCUCAGUGAACGAGCUGCUGAUGAACCUCAUUGUGGGGAAUCUGCUUCCCUCUGCUCUCAUCUGGAUCACCUCCAGACCAGCAGCAGCUGAUCUUGUCCCCUCUGAGUGUGUCCAUCGAGUGACAGAGGUACGAGGCUUCACUGAGCCACAGAAGGAGGAAUACUUCAGGAAGAGAAUCAGUGAUCAGAGUCUGGCCGAGAGCAUCAUCUCACACCUGAAGUCAUCGAGGAGCCUCUACAUCAUGUGCCACAUCCCAGUGUUCUGCUGGAUCUCAGCCGCUGUUCUGGAGAAGAUGUUGAGUCGAGCAGAGAGAGGAAAGAUUCCCAAGACUCUCACUCAGAUGUACACACACUUCCUGAUCCUGCAGACCAACAUCAAACAUGAGAAGGACUAUGAGAAGAAGGUGACAGAUGAAGACAUGAUCCUCAAACUGGGGAAAGUGGCUUUUGAGCAGCUUGUAAAAGGAAACCUGAUCUUCUACGAGGGAGACCUGAGAGAGUGUGGCAUUGAUGAGACAGAAGCAGCAGUGUUCUCAGGAUUGUGCACUCAGAUCUUCAGAAAGGAGUUGGGCUUGUAUCAGGGGAAAGUCUUCUGCUUUGUUCAUCUGAGCAUUCAGGAACAUCUAGCAGCUCUAUAUGUGCACCUCUCCUGGACAAACCACAACAGAAAUGUGUUUGAGCCAAUCACCAAACAGAGUUUACGGUCUAAAGUUCAGGACUUGUUUCAGCAUUGUCCAUUAUCUGAGCUGCAUCAGAGAGUUGUGAAAGAUGCUAUUCAGAGUAAAAAUGGACAUCUGGAUCUUUUCCUGCAGUUCCUUCUGGGUUUGUCAGUGGAGUCUCAUCAGAUUCUUCUACAACAAAUAAUGACACUGAAAAGAAGCAUCUCUGACAGCAAUGAGAAAACUGUUGAGUACAUCAAAAAGAAGAUCAGGACCAUUGACUCUCCAGAGAAAUCCAUCAAUCUGUUCCACUGUCUGAAUGAACUGGGUGAUCAUUCACUAGUGGAGGAAAUACAACAGUAUCUGAAAUCUGGAAGAAUAAAGGAAACCAAACUCUCUUCAUCUCAGUGGUCAGCUGUAGUUUUUGUGUUGUUGACAUCAGAAGAGGACCUGAAUGAGUUUUGUCUUGAAAAAUUUGUUAAAGUAAAGAAUAAACAUGCAAAUAUGAAAGUUCUUCAGAAGCUGCUGCCUGUGAUUAAAGAAUCAAGAUCAGUUCAGUUGAGAGAUUGUGGUGUCACAGAUGAAGUUUGUUCUGCUCUGGCUUCAGCUCUGAGAUCAAACCCCUCACACCUGAGACAACUGGAUCUGACUGGGAAUGAAAUAGGAGAUUCUGGAGUCACGCUGCUCUCUGCUGGACUGGAGGAUCCCCACUGUAAACUGGAGAAACUGUGGUUGAGUGAUUGUGGCAUUAAAAAUGAAGGUUGUGCUGCUUUGGCUUCAGCUCUGAGAUCAAACCCUUCACACCUGAGAAAUCUGAACCUGACUGGGAAUAAACUGGGAAAUUCAGUGAAUCUACUCUCUGAUUUUCUACAAAAUCCUCACUGUAAACUGGAAAUACUGUGGUUUAAUUAUUGUGGCAUCACAGAUGAAGAUUGUGUUGCUCUGGCUUCAGUUCUUAGAUCAAACCCCUCACACCUGAGACACCUGGAUCUGAUUGGGAACAAAAUAGGAGAUUUGGGAGUAAAGCGUCUCUGUGUUGCACUGGAGGAUCCUCAAUGUAAACUGGAAACACUAUGGUGUUUAGCAACCUGCAUCAGCAUUGAAUCAAACCCCUCACACCUGAGACACCUGGAUCUGACUGGCAAUAGACUAGGAAAAUCAGGAGUGAAGUUACUCUCUGAUCUGAAAGAUGAUCCACAUUAUAAACUGGAGAUAUUAGAAUGUUGUGUUAUUUACACGUCAGUGCAGUGUCCUCAGGAUCAUCUGAAUUUGAAUAAGAGCCGCUACAGAGAUGUCACAUCAGUGCUGGAGAUCAGAUUCUGUUUCAUCAUGGAAUACACACAAAUAUCUACAGAUGAAGAUGUUUCUCCAGGAUGCAGUUCAUUUCAUCAGAAGAGAUCAGAAGCAAAGACCAGCUGUGUGUCUGUGAGGAGUGAUUGGUCUAUGGAUCAUCCAGUUGAUUUUAAGAGUGGAGAUACACAGACUUAUCUCAGUUCAGUUCAUCCGAAGAGAUCAGAAGCCCAGUCCAGCUGUGUGUCUAUGAGGAGUGAUGCAUCUGUGAAUCAGUCAUUAGAUUUUAAGAGUGAAGAUAAAAAGAAUGAUUUCAGGCAUGAAGUCCUCAACAGGUUUAGAUCAAAUCUGCUGAAGAAGUUUGAACAUCUGUAUGAGGGAACAGUGAUGCAGGGAAAUCCAACACUCCUGAAUGAGAUCUACACAGAGCUCUACAUGACAGAGAGUGAGAGUGGAGAGAUCAGUAAUGAGCAUGAGGUGAGACAGAUUGAGACACAAUCCAGGAGAGCAGCAACAGAGGACACAGCCAUCAAAUGCAUUGACAUCUUUAGACCUUUACCUGGACAAGACAAAGCCAUCAGAACUGUGCUGACAAAGGGAGUUGCUGGCAUUGGAAAAACAGUUUCUGUGCAGAAGUUUAUCCUGGACUGGGCUGAUGGGAAAGAGAAUCAGGAUGUCCAGCUUAUAUUUCCACUUCCUUUCAGAGAAAUCAAUCUGAUGAAGGACAAAACACUCAGACUUUCAGAUGUUCUUCAUGUGUUUUUCCCUGAAACUAAAGAAAUGGAAAUAUCCAGUGAUAAAUAUAAAGUGUUGUUCAUCUUUGAUGGUCUGGAUGAGUGUCGUCUGUCUCUGGACUUUAAGAGUAAAGUGAAACUGUGUAAUAUAUCUGAAUCAGCCUCAGUGAACGAGCUGCUGAUGAACCUCAUUGUGGGGAAUCUGCUUCCCUCUGCUCUCAUCUGGAUCACCUCCAGACCAGCAGCAGCUGAUCUUGUCCCCUCUGAGUGUGUCCAUCGAGUGACAGAGGUACGAGGCUUCAAUCAGCCACAGAAGGAGGAAUACUUCAGGAAGAGAAUCAGUGAUCAGAGUUUGGCCGACAGGAUCAUCUCACACCUGAAGUCAUCAAGGAGCCUCUACAUCAUGUGCCACAUCCCAGUCUUCUGCUGGAUCUCAGCCGCUGUUCUGGAGAAGAUGUUGAGUCGAGCAGAGAGUGGAGAGAUUCCCAAGACUCUCACUCAGAUGUACACACACUUCCUGAUCCUUCAGACCGACAUCAAACAUGAGAAGGACUAUGAGAAGAAGGUGACAGAUGAAGACAUGAUCCUCAAACUGGGGAAGGUGGCUUUUGAGCAUCUUGUAAAAGGAAACCUGAUCUUUUAUGAGGAAGACCUGAGAGAAUGUGGCAUUGAUGUGACAGAAGCAUCAGUGUACUCAGGAUUGUGCACUCAGAUCUUCAGAGAGGAGUUGGGCUUGUAUCAGGGGAAAGUCUUCUGCUUUGUUCAUCUGAGCAUUCAGGAACAUCUAGCAGCUCUAUAUGUGCACCUCUCCUGGACAAACCACAACAGAAAUGUGUUUGAGCCAAUCACCAAACAGAGUUUACGGUCUAAAUUUCAGGACUGGUUUCAACCCAAUUCAUCAGAACAUGUUUCAUUAUCUGAGCUGCAUCAGAGAGCUGUGGACGAGGCUCUACAAGGUAAAAAUGGACAUCUGGACCUUUUCCUGCGGUUCCUUCUGGGUUUGUCAGUGGAGUCUCAUCAGAUUCUUCUACGACGAAUAAUGACACUGAAAAGAAGCAGCUCUGAAAGCAAUGAGAAAACAGUUGAGUACAUCAAGAAGAAGAUCAGGACCAUUGACUCUCCAGAGAAAUCCAUCAAUCUGUUCCACUGUCUGAAUGAACUGGGUGAUCAUUCACUAGUGGAGGAAAUACAACAGUAUCUGAAACCUGGAAGAACAAAGGAAACCAAAUUCUCCUCAUCUCAGUGGUCAGCUGUAGUUUUUGUGUUGUUGACAUCAGAAGAGGACCUGAAUGAGUUUUGUCUUGAUAAAUUUGUUAAAGGAAAAAAUAAACAUGAAAAUAUGAAAGUUCUUCAGAUGUUGGUGCCUGUGAUGAGGGAAUCCAGAUCAGUUCAGUUGAGUAACUGUGACGUCACAGAUGAAGGUUGUGCAGCUCUGGCUUCAGCUCUGAGAUCAAACCCCUCACACCUGAGAGAACUGAAUCUGUCUGAGAAUGAAAUAGGAGAUUCUGGAGUGAUGCUGCUGUCUGCUGGACUGGAGAAUCCUCACUGUAAACUGGAGAAACUGUGGUUGAGUAAUUGUGGCAUCACAGAUGAAGGUUGUGCUGCUCUGGCUUCAGCUCUGAGAUCAAACCCCUCACACCUGAGACACCUGAGUCUGACUGGGAAUAAAUUGGGAAAUUCUGUCAAUCUGCUCUCUGAUGUACUACAGAAUCCUCACUGUAAACUGGAAAAACUGUGGUUGAAUGAUUGUGACGUCACAGAUGAAGGUUGUGCUGCUUUGGCUUCAGCACUGAGAUCAAAUUCCUCACACCUGAGAGAACUGAAUCUGUCGGUGAAUAAAAUCGGAGAUUCUGGAGUCACGUUGCUCUCUGCUGGACUGGAGGAUCUUCACUGUGAACUGGAGAUACUGCGGUUGAGAGAUUGUGGCAUCACAGAUGAAGGUUGUGCUGCUCUGGCUUCAGUUUUGAGAUCAAACCCCUCACACCUGAGACGACUGGAUCUGUCUUGGAAUAAAAAAGGGGAUUUAGGAGUGAAACUUCUCUGUGAUGGACUAAAGUAUCCUCACUGUAAACUUGAGGAACUGCAGUUGAGAGAUUGUGGCGUCACAUAUGAAGGUUGUGCUGCUCUGGCUUCAGCACUGAGAUCAAACCUCUCUCAUCUGAGACACCUGGAUCUGUCUUGGAAUAAAAUAGAAGAUUUGGGAGUAAAGCGUCUCUGUGCUGGACUGAAGGGUAAUCACUGUAAACUGGAGAUACUGUGGUUAAGGGAUUGUGGGAUCACAGAUGAAGGUUGUGUUGCUCUGGCUUCUGCUCUGAGAUCAAAUUCCUCACUCCUGAGACACCUGAAUCUGACUGGGAAUAAACUAGGAGAAUCAGGAGUGAAGUUACUGAAAGAUAAUCCACAUUAUAAACUGGAGACAGUAUACUGUUGACUCCGUGUUUAGACGUCAGUCCAGUUUCCUCAGGAUCAGCUGAUGGUGUAUAAGAGGCGCUACAGACACAUCACAGUCACACAAUCACCAGAGAUUAAAGACACAUAGACACACAGCAUCGUACUGACAUGAAUGUUGUCUUUCACUUUCUUGUUUUAUAGGUAAUGGCCCAUGAAACUGAGUUCAGAAUCAUUUUGGAUUUACUCGAUAUUGUCUACAAUGUAGAUCAGAUGUCCAAUCUGGCCCCUGUGAUGAUUUGAACAAUAAAGUGUACUUGUGUUACAAACCAAAUUAAUAAA